UAUCCAUUGUUCCACUCCAACGCGCGCAGAGAACACCUCUGUGGAGCGUCCGGCCAAUCAGCGGCCGCGGACCUCCUCUGGACUCCGCCCACUAGCCUAUAUUAAAGGCUCGGCCGUCAGCGGCAUUGGCCACUGGCACAAAAUAAGACAAAGUGAACCCGAGGAGAGGAUUUACUUUAUUCACCUUUGAGUUCAGCCGUCCUUUAUUUUCCAACUAAAACAAUGGCAGACACACAGGUGGACUCCGGCUCGGACAUCUCUGCCAAGGACCUGAAAGAGAAGAAACUGGCAGAGGAGAAGGAGAAUGGCAAAGACGCCGCCACCAAUGGAAAGGAGAACGAGGAGAACGGCGAGCCCGACGUAGAUGAUGAGGAAGACGAGGAAGUGGAUGAGGAAGACGAGGAGGACGACGGAGAAGGUGACGAGGAGGACGAGGAGGAAGAUGACGACGAGAUCGAGGGCGGCACGAAACGGGCAGCUGAGGACGACGACGAGGACGACGAGGAUGACGUCGAAACCAAGAAGCAGAAAACCGACGACGAUGAUUGAUGCGUUUCCGCGGCGCCAUCCUGCUGAUCCACUUCCUGGUUCUCCACCUGCGACGGUUUUUGAAGUCUCAGGUGGAGGAUCUGGAGGACUGAAUUAAGAAAAAAUAAUUUAAAAAAAAAACAAAAAAAAAAACAAACCCAACAUGGUCAUUAGCAAGUAGAGUUCAACAACAGCUACGACAUCACCACGACCACACCCACUCGAUCUCCCCUCAAACUGCGACAAAUUUUCUAGAGGAACCCAUCGACGCAGAAAUCCGGCUUCACAACAACGACAACAACACGAAAAGGAGAAUUUGUUUGUAUUUUUAUUUACAUUUUAUAUUUUUGUACAUAUUGUUCGGAGGGGGGGUCGGUUUCUCUCUCAGCAGCGAUCUCUUCAGACCAAAAUCGGUGCUUCUUUAACAAAAAGAUUUUACUUGGUUGACCAUGUUACAAUAUCUCAACAGAUACUAGAAAAAAAACAUGUAAAAAAAAAAGUACAAAAAAACAUGAAAGAACCUCUUAAGCCGUUGAACUCAGAGCAUUCCAGUAAAUUUAAUGUAUGUACUUUAGCUGUACCAUAACUAGUUUGUUUGUAUGGGAGGGUAAGGCCAAAGAAAAGAGCCUCUUUUCUUUUUCCUUUUAUUUUGUUUUUUGUCAGCGACUUUUUGUUUUAUGACGGCCUGUUUUGAUGUAUGUGCGAAGUUUGUUGUUUGACAAUAAACCGGACUUUUAUUUUGUGAGUUGUA